AAGGGUGUGCUUGGUAUGUAUGAGAGAAAAACAUUUUCAAUCAAAUAAUAUUUUCUUCAAAAAUAAGUGUGGUUUUUCGUGUCUUGACAAAAAUGUAUAAAAAUAUUAUCCAAAUAUAUUUAUAUAUUUUUUCUUUUAGAUCAUGUUAAGUGAAUUGUUGAGAUCUUAAUCCUAUUUUUUGAAAGAUAGACUAUUUUCAAUACACUUUUGAUUUAAGUAAAACAUUUUAAAUCAAACUUGAAAAGAAAAUACAAUAAUGAAGAUAUCAUAUUAAAAAAAAAAAAAAUUAAGAAAUUUGUUUUUCUAAGAGAAUAUUAAUUUUGACUAAUUAAACAAUCGUGGAAGAAUUUUCAAACACACCCUAAAAUCUCACUCCAUUUUAUCACUAUAAAUACCAUCUAAUAACUCCCAUAUAUCACACACCUCAAAAUAUUACAAUCAUCUUAUCCUAAGCUCUUUCUUCUUCUUGUUUAAGGCAAAUUAAUCAAAACAUUAUGGGUGCUUAUACCUUUACUGACAAGUCCACAGCCUCAGUUGCCCCAUCAAGGCUAUUCAAAGCUUUGGUUAUUGAUUUUAACAACCUUGUAUCUAAAUUGGCACCUGAUGUUAAGAGUAUUGAGAAUGUUGAAGGUGAUGGUGGUGCUGGAACCAUCAAGAAGAUGACCUUUGUCGAAGGUGGUCCAAUAAAGUACAUGAAGCACAAGAUUCAUGUGAUUGACGAAAAGAAUUUAGUAACAAAAUAUUCACUUAUCGAAAGUGAUGUUCUUGAAAACAAAGCAGAAUCAGUUGAUUAUGAUGGCAAAUUUGAAGCUUCUGCAGAUGGAGGAUGUGUUUGCACCACAGUAACUGUGUACAACACAAAAGGUGAUUAUGUUGUUACUGAGGAAGAACACAAUGUGCACAAAGAGAAAGCCAAUGACCUUCUCAAGGCCAUCGAAGCAUACCUCCUCGCCAAUCCUUCUGUCUAUGUUUAAGCCAAUGACCUUGUUGUGAUGUUAUAUAUUUAAAUAAUUAUAAGUGUGUCAUGUUUAAGAAGUUUAAAGUUUUAGAUGAGAGGAAAAAAUCAGAUUGAUUAUGUAUGGGUUGUAUCAGUUCUUCUAAGGGAUUGAGUUUUAGGUUGUUAGUCUUUUGUUGAGUGUGUGUUUUUUCCCAAUUGGUUGUCAUGGAAAGAACUUUCAAUAAAGAAUAUCACAAGUUUACUUUACAAA